ACCCGUGUAGAGUUGCACAGGUGUAUUCAACCAUGGCGAAGAGAUUACCAUCCUACGACACGACUAUCUAUAAAAGCCUGCUCCAACUGUUGGAAUCCGGCGUGACCAUGUCUACCAAACCAGCCUCGACUCCAACAUGCCACCAACCAAAGUACUCAUCAUCGGCGGUGGCCUCUCCGGCCUCGCCCUUGGCCAAUGUCUCCGUGCCGCCAACAUCGACUUUGAGGUCUUCGAGCGCGAUCGUGACGAGAAGUCACGCCCGCAAGGCUGGGCCUUAACUCUACGGGAAUCCCUUGCGGGGAUAUAUGAGUUGUUUCCCAAAGACAUGCCUCCACUCGAGGAGAGCACGAGUCUCUUCAAGGAUCUCUCAGCAUCCGAUCACGACUUGGCCGGUCUCCUGUCGAAGAAGGACAAAGUAUCCUUUGGCGGCGUCUUGUACAACACCGGCGAGCUUCUCGCAGAGAUCAAUGCGUCGGAGCGGAACGACAUUGAACAUCAUUGGUUUCGGGUCGACCGGACGGCCUUUCGCCAAUGGCUCUCGCACGGACUGCAAAUCACCUGGGCCAAGGAAUUCGUCAAAUACGAAGAGACUGACUGCGGUGUCCGCGCAUUCUUCGCCGACGGAAGCUCAACACGAGGCACCCUUCUCAUCGCCGCCGAUGGAGCACACAGUCGUUGCCGCAAUCAGCUGAUGGGACCCGGAAAUGUGGUGUUGGAGCAUGCUGCCGGAGGCACCAUCAGGGGCGAUUUCAACGUCACCCGUGAAGAAUACCGUGAGCUUUUGCAAAAGGGCGCGGCCGUCCUCACCGCCACAAGUCCCGAAUACCAUUUCUUCAUGGGGCCGCGCUUCUUCUCGAAUAAAGAUCGCACCGGCACCUACUACUGGGCUGUGACGUGGGAUAACAGGGACGAUCCUCGGAUCAAGGCUUGGACACCUGACACGCAUGGAGACGAGGCGCGGCAAAUGGCACUGGAACUCUGCUACGAUCUGCACCCGAGUCUUCGUCGAUUCAUCGAACAGACGUCCGGCGAUGAGCUCCUAGACUCCAAGGUCCAGCUCCUGCAAUGGGCUCCGGAUGUUGACCGCCUGCCUGGCCGAAGGGUGACAUUAAUGGGAGAUUCUCUGCAUACCAUGACGCCUUUCAAAGGUGCCGGGGCCAACACAGCACUACUAGAUGCUUUCGAUCUGGCGCAGCUCAUUGUGCACGCCGGGGAGAAAGGCGUCGACGUCAGCAAGGUCAUCCCGGUGUACGAAGCUACGGCCGUGCCACGUGGUCGAGAGACGAAGGAAUUCAGCAAAUCUGCCUCACUUCAGCCUGAUCCCACGCAUUGGUCCAGGACGAUGGAGAAGGUAUUUGCGGCAGGAUAUAAGUGGGAGAAGCUGGAUCUCGAGAAGGUGGCGAUUUGAACUCGGACGCAAUCUCGAAAGCAUCCUGUAAUGCAUAAUCCAUAAUUUCGAAGAAACAUUGCAAACUUGU